AUGCCAAGCUCAGCUCUUGUGCGAGCGCCUUCAUCUGCGGCCAGCGCGGCUACUGUGCGGCCCUCAUCACGCGAGCAAGCUGCGCCUGCAACACAUUGGACGCAUUCCUUCGACCAAGAACUUUUCCUCGAGCAGAACACAGAAUCGCAGCAUGCGACAUAUCACGUCUACCUGACCCCGCCCCCGGACGGCCAGAAAGGACCUCUCUUCGUCUGUCACCACGGCGCAGGUGCAUCCGGCCUCUCCUUCGCCCUUUUUGCGCAGCACGUCCGGCAGCGACUGCCUUCGGCUGGAGUUUUGUCUCUCGAAGCACGCGGCCAUGGCUCGACCGUCACAUCGGCCUCCACCGGCGAGGAAAUCCGCGACUCUUCUCUCGACACUCUCGUCGCCGAUGCAGUGUCCAUGAUUGCUCUGACCGCUGCGGCGCAAGGAUGGUCCCCACUCCCUCCGUGUGUCCUCGUCGGCCACAGUCUCGGCGGCGCAGUCCUGACCACAAUCGCAGCAACACAGCACCACGCGUUCGGCAGCAAUCUGAUCGGCUAUUGCGUGAUCGAUGUGGUGGAAGGCUCGGCCAUCGAAGCAUUGUCGCAUAUGAGAACGUAUCUCGCGUCUCGUCCCAGCAUGUUCAAUCAUGUCGAAGACGCGAUCACAUGGCAUCUCCGCUCUCGCACCAUCCGAGAUCAGCGUUCCGCCGAAGCGUCCGUGCCGUCCCUUCUCGUGCCGUCGCCGAGCGGCAACGGCAACGGCACGCUCAUCUGGCGCACGAACCUCUCCGCCACGAGUCCAUGGUGGGAAGAAUGGUUCAAGGGCCUGAGUCGGAAAUUCCUCACUGGCCGCGGAGCAAAGAUGCUCAUACUUGCGGGCACGGACCGGCUCGACAAGGACUUGAUGAUUGGACACAUGCAGGGCAAGUUCCAACUCACUGUCAUCCCCGAGGCAGGACACUUCGUGCAGGAAGACGUGCCAGAAAAGACCGCGAGCCUUCUCGUCGACUUCUUCAAGAGGAAUGAUCGGAGUGCCCUGGUCCUACCUCCGAAAGUAAGCGACCUCAUAGCACAAGGGAAGAAAGUCUGA